AUGGCGGACGCAGAACUUGAAGAGGUAACUAACGACGCGUGGGCGCAUUGGAUUGAUCUCAAACUUACAAGUGAAUGCUGCGGUAGAUCAGAAGAGCGCGGCUUGCACAGUUGCAACAGCAACACGGGGGUUCCGGGGGUGCCAACCCUGAAGACCAGCAAAGCCGAUGCCCGUCAAGCCAUCCUCUCCCAAAUCCUCCUCCCCGAAGCUGCGGACCGCCUGAAUCGUAUUCGCAUGGUGAAGGAAUCCCGCGCUACCGAUAUCGAGAACAGAUUGAUCAUGCUCGCACGAAGUGGGCAGCUAAGGUCAAAAGUUACAGAGGACCAACUAAAGGAUUUGCUGAAUGCCGUAGCCGAGAAUAAGGAGGAAGAAAAAAUUAUUAUUAGCCGUCGAAAAGGCGGAUGGGACGAUGACGACGAUUUGCUAGAUUUGUGA